AAACAAUGAUAUAAUUUCAAUACUGCCCUUUGCCCACCCACCGGAUAAGUUUCAGCGGACAGCGAUUCGUUCGUCAACUACGCUGACCACCACUCGCCAUGCACCUCCACCACUCGAUUCGCCCCUUCUCCUACGUGUCCCCAUCUCCACCAUCCACUCAAUGAUCGCACGGUCCCCACUCCGACACAAAAUCAAGGCGCGUCGCAGGGGAUAGCUGGAUCUGAUUAUUAAUUUAGGAAAAAAAGGAAAAGAAAAGGACGUUUUCGUAUGUAAUUUAAUUUUCCUGGAUUUGAAAUUCCUGUCGCAAGGAGUGCGCACACAGGAAGGAAAGAAGAAUAGGGAGGGAGGGAAGUGUGCUUUGUUGAUUAAAAUCGAGUUCUCUUUGAUUGGGGUCCGGCGAGAUAUAUUUCGUUUUACUGUUAUUGUGAUCGGAAGGAAUUACCGGUGGCGGCGAUGGCGAGCUUGCAGUUGAUUAGAGAGAGCAGCGAGGCGGUGGAGAGCCAGAGCCAGAGCCCGAGGAGCCCUGAAGCCAAGCUCGGGAUGAAAGUGGAGGAUCUGUGGGACGUUCAGGAGCCGCAGCUCAGUCCCACCGAGAAACUCAACGCUUGCUUCGAGAACAUUCCGGUCUCUGCUUUCCCUGCUUCUUCUUCUCGAGUGAUUGAGAUAAAAUCGGAUACGACCUUGGCGGAGGCGGUGAAGAUAUUGGCGGAGAACAAGAUUCUGAGCGCGCCGGUGGUGGACGUUGAUGCGCCAGAGGACGCUAGUUGGAUGGAUAGGUACAUUGGAAUCGUGGAGGUCGCCGGAAUCGUCGUUUGGAUCCUGCAGCAGUCAGAACCUCCGUCUCCUAGGAGCCCAAAUUCAGGAACCUCUGCUGCGUUGGCUGUGAAUGGAUUGACGAAUGCUGCCGGAGUCGGGAUCUUGGGGCCUGAAGAUGCUCAAGCAACGUCUGGAGAUUUUUUUGAGGAUCUCACUUCCUCGGAAUACUAUAAAAACAUGAAGGUUCAUUGUUUUGAUCGUUUCUGUUUCUUGCGCUAAUGUGGAUUCGAUCAAUGCCAAGCUAUCUGACUCUGCAAAAAAUGACGCUGAUGCAGGUUCGAGACAUCUCGGGUUCUUUCCGAUGGGCACCGUUCCUGGCUUUGCAGAAGUCCAACUCCUUCUUGACGAUGCUGUUGCUGCUCUCCAAAUACAAAAUGAAGAGCAUCCCAAUUGUUGACCUGGGCGAUGGCAACAUUGACAACAUCAUCACGCAAUCUGCUGUUAUUCACAUGCUAAACGAAUGUGCUGGGCUUCACUGGUUUGAGAGCUGGGGAGCCAAGACGGUUUCAGAACUUGGCCUUCCUCUCGUCUCCCACAAUCAAAUUGUCAAGGUUUAUGAGGAUGAACCAGUGCUCCAAGCGUUUAAGCUGAUGAGGAAAAUGAGAAUUGGUGGCGUGCCUGUUAUGGGAGCGGAUGGCAAGAAGCCAAUUGGCAACAUCAGUCUCAGAGAUAUUCAAUUCCUACUAAAUGCGCCAGAGAUUUACCAUGAAUUCAGAUCUAUCACAGCGAAGAACUUUCUGAUGGCGGUGAGAAGCUACCUGAAGGAUCACAAGGAAGACACCCCAAUGGUGAGCGGGAUGAUAACAUGUAAAGGGAGCGACAACAUUAAAGGCUUGAUUACGAAGCUAGACACCAAGCAAAUCCACCGGUUAUACGUUGUGGACGAUUCGGGGAAUCUGGAAGGCGUGAUCACUCUGAGGGACGUAAUCUCAAGGCUUGUACACGAGCCCCGUGGAUACUUUGGAGAUUUCUUUGACGGAGUUCUGCCGCUCCCUGCUAACAGUAGAGUUUGAGGAGUCGGGCAUCUCAAAGUUGUUUGUUGUUCUUGUUCUGUUUCUGGUGGUUAGUUCAGUUCACACUUAGGGACAGUUCUGUUUUUCAUCUGUCACGCAAUGAUUGUAAUAUAGGUCAGUUCUCCUGUAAGUUUUGUUACCCUUUAUCUUGUAUAUGUUAAAAAGCAAACCAAACUGUAUGGUCAAGUCUUUGUGCUGGUGGCUCCCUGUCCCUUUUGUAUGAACAGAUAAUAAUCAGAACUGCUGAUAUACAAGUUACAGGCUCUCGUGAUCUAAUUCCGAUCUGAUUGUGUUUUCAGGAUUUGAGAAUUUGUGCCGGGUAAGGAUUCAAGUUCUUGAACAUUCUGGAUUACUGCUUUAGGAGGGUGGUUUAUGUCAACCCAUAUAUAUAUAGAGGAG